UCAUGUAAACAUGGUAUGUAUACUUUGAUACAAGUUAUGGAUGCAUACACGAUGUAGUGAAACUUCCGUGAAAAUGUAGAAGUAAAGUUUGGUAAUAGUGAAUAAGAAUAAAAGAAAAUGUUGAGCAUUUAUCGAUAUCGUGGAAACACAUUGGACGUAUUUGAUAAAACAUUCAAAACGACGUAAAUGUAUACACGUGCUUUAUGACUUAACCUUAUUUCUUUGUUAUUGUUUCACAUAAAAUCCUACAAAUAUAAGUAAAGAAAUAUGACAUCACGAGAGAUUUUAACUAUUCAAUUGGGUCAUUAUUCUAAUUUUAUUGGCACACAUUGGUGGAAUUUGCAGGAAUCUAAUUUUUCCUAUGAUCCGAAUAAUCCAUCAGAAAUAAAUCACGAUGUUUUAUAUAGAGAAGGGGAAAAUUUCAAGAAACAGCUAACUUACACACCCAGAUUAUUACUCGUAGAUCUAAAAGGAUCAUGUGGAUACUUGAAACAAGAAGGUUCUUUGUAUAGUAUUCCUCGAGACGAAGAAACGAAAUGCUUGUGGGACGAAGAAAAGGUAGAAGUAACAAAAGAGGAAGCAGCAACUAAAUCAUCGUUUGUUAGAAGUUUAGAGGAGCCAACUGAAAAUUUCGAAUCGACAGCUCAGAAUUUAGAAGAUUACGUUAAUUGGUGGGUGGAUUAUUUGGUACCUAGGUUUCAUCCCAGAACAGUGAAUAUUAUAAAAGAGUAUAAACAUGGUUGUACAACACAACCAUUCAAUAUUUUUACUUAUGGAAGAAGUUUAUGGAAUACGGAGCAAUUUUCAGAAGAUUUUGCCGAUAGAAUAAGAGCGUAUGUAGAAGAGUGCGAUUUAAUGCAAGGUUUUCAGAUAAUUCUAGAUUCCGUGGAUGGAUUCGCAGGACUGGGUACGUCGUGUAUGCAGUACUUAAAAGACGAAUACGAAAAAAGUAUAUUGUCUUUUCCAUGUAUCGACAGUAAAACGAGCGAACCUUCUGUAUCGAAUUUGAUCAAAUCGCUAAAUACAGCUCUAUGUUGGCAACAUGCAGGAGAAUAUUCUUCCUUGUAUAGCCCACUCUGUUGCGGAGAAGCGGGCUGGCCUCAGGCCGGUGAGCCAAGAGCAUUUAAUCAUUUAAUAUACGAUGCUGAACUAAAGUAUCAUAGCAGUGCACUCUUAGCAACUGCUUUAGAUACGCUAACGAUUAGAUACAGGCGUAAAGAGUAUCCAAACGUUGUUUUGUCCGAUUUGUGCGCGGACCUUAAUCAGUUCGGUCGACAAGCAGUCGCAACGAGUUUAACCCUGCCAUUCCCCAUGAUGACGAAGAUGGAUCUGAUCGAUGUGCUGGACGAAUUCGAGGGAACCUUGUGGACUAGCUUAACACCAAGUUGCGAAAUACCAAUGGAUAGAAAUAUGCAAAGCGUAGUUUUACGAGGGAUUUCCGAAGACAGAUUGAAACGACCUAUUUCUCACGCGAUGAAACAAAUGUCGAAACCGGCGUAUCGAUGUUCUAGCGUACACGAGAUGAUGAUGCUUUAUUUAGCGUGUACUUGUCAUGCAUCUGCUACGUAUUUAUCGACCAUUUCGUCGCCGCUGAGCAUAAAGGAGCCGUUCCCGAAAAUUUUUAAUAACGAUAUCACCGAAAACGGAGAAAUUGCAAGAUGGCCGGUAGGGACAGAUGUUCAGUCGGUUCCUGUUAUGGCUGGUUUGCACAGUGGAAGUAGUCUCGGUAAGAUGUACGAAUCUUUGCACGAACUGUUGAGCAAAAUAAAAAGCAUCAAGAAAUUUCACGCGUUUACGGAAUCCGGUUUAGAAGAGGACGAGUUCAAAGAAUGUCUGGAUCAUCUGCUCGAUUGCAAAGAAAAUUAUGAAGAUCAUUAUUCAUGAGGAAAAUUAACCAAUCGAAUCGAUUUUAUUUUUCAAUUCUGUUUGUAAUACAUUGCACUUAAUUUUCGAAACUCGAAUUAACGCUUUAACUUCCUAGCUGCCCUCUCUGCUGGUAUCGGCGUCGUUGGAUAAUAGUUUUUUACAUUUUGCCAAUAAAUUUGAUUUACAAAGAAAAAA